CAUUCCUCCUUCCAGAACUCGAUCCGACACAACCUCUCGCUCAACAAGUGCUUCAUCAAGGUGCCGCGGCAGAAGGACGAGCCCGGGAAGGGAGGUUUCUGGAAGAUUGACCCGCAGUACGCUGAGCGCCUCCUGAGCGGUGCCUACAAGAAGAGACGAAUGCCGCCCGUCCAGAUCAACCCGGCCCUGCGGAACAGACUCAGGGUGAACAUGCAGCCUCAGCCCAGAGGACAGAUCGGGCUUUGCGUCAACCCAGAGUCCCAAAGGCUUCUUCGAGAGUUCGAAGAGGCAACGGGGGCUGAUCAGAAUUGGGACCCCCAUCUGGCUGAGGGGACCAUGCUGGGGUCCUGGCCGGUGGUCAGGGGAAGGAGUGGGCUCAAGAGGAAGCAGGGCUCUAGAAAUGGUGCUGCCAAAGCCCCCCGUCGGUCCAGCUCCCCUCUGCUCUCCAUGGAUGAACAGAAGGAGAUUGGACCUCUGAAGGGGGACUUCGACUGGGACGCCCUUCUGGAUUCUGCCCUCAGCGGGGAGCUCAGUCUGGAAGAUGGUGAGCCUCUGAGCCCCAUCAUGAAAGAGGAGGACCUAACAGUGCGGGGAACCCACAUUUCUCCUGUUGAAGCCCCUGCAGGCUCAGCAGAGGCAGAGAGGAGUAACAACAUGUCUGACUUUGAUGAGGAGACCUUCCUUGCCACAGCCUUCCUGGAGAACCCCUGGCCAGAGGAGGAGGAGGAUCACGGCCGCAGUGAUUUCCUCUGUAGCUCCACCGUCAACUUAGACCAGCUGUUUGGGCUCGAGGACUCAUUGGGUGGGGACCCCAGCAGCAGGAUGGACACCCUCCUUUGAGGAAUAAUUUCCAGGUCGUCUUACAAACUAAGAACGCUUCUCAACACAACUUGGGAAUAAAAUACUCUUUUUUUUAUCCUCAUGCAAGCUUAACCGUCCUUUUCAAGAUGUUUAAAGUAUUUUUAGAGAAACAUUUUUACGCAGGUUCAAUGCUGGAAAUAAACACUCAAUGCCUACCGAA